CUUUUUUCUUCUAUAGUACGAGACAACUAGUACAAUGAACUGUAGUUUGAGCAGUCACCUUGAUCUUCUAUCUUUUACAAACAAACAAAAUCACUAUCCCUAAAUACGCCUGCUGCAACGUUAGCUACGACGUGCGAAAAGGUGUAAUCACUGCUGCUCAAAAGUAGCGCUGUUUCCUGCUCAACAGAAGUACUUCUUGUAGACGAGUAUUUCAAUUUCUGUUGCUUUUCAUCCAGAAGUAGAUCCACGUGAAGUUGUAGCCUUCACUGCUGUGUCACCACCAAGGAACAUGACUUUCACGACUCGAGGCGCUCCUGUCGGACCACGUCAACAGCGGCCCGCAGGUCGUCCCGCAGGUCGUUCCAGCAUGAUCACCGCGAGCUAUGAGACUGCACAACAACUCUCCCUCGUUUUCAACUCUCAUGAAAAACACUAACUCCACCCCUUGCCUUGUGCCACUAGCUACCAUGCAUGACAGAUUUAUUCCGAAGCCGAAACAGCACUAAAAUCGGCCGUGAAUUUGAUGUCAUGCACCAAAAUCUGCAUCUGUGUGAGCACUCGUGUUGCUGUGGAUGCCAUCCAAAUGAGGGGGAGGUGCAGUUGUGCACUCUCAUACGAGCACGACGACGCGUAGAAGUCGUGCUCGCGCCCCCUGGUCGACGUUUCCGGCGUACAAGAAGAGGAGCACCAGAACUAUGCGCCGCCGGCUAUCGUGCGUAAAAACGUCGUCUCCACGCCAGAAUCUAGACGGUGACUUUGCAACACAAAUCCAGAGGCUUUAGGAAUCGCGGAUCAUGACUAGUUUGGCGCUGGUGCAGUGUAAUCUUGCCGAGCUAGCCCAGACGCAUUUUUACAAUAAAUUCGCCCAGUUGAUGUUCUGAUUAGUGCAUUGCAGCUUCCCAAGGGCCAUUACGAAACGCCUCUCAUAUAAGUUGAGAAACAUCCUGCGCAUACAAAUUGACAAAAAAAAAUUGCAUAACAGCGCUGGAGGGGUGGGGACGUCUUUGUAUAGGAUACCGGUUACCUUUGCGGAGGAGUAAGUUCCUGCUUGCUGCAAGUACCGCCGUGCGCGUCGCGAUGGUACCAACAUGCACGACGUCGACCCUAGAAGUGCUAUCGCCUGGCCCACGUCUCGUCGGUGCCGUGAACGUGGAGAAAAUCAACGCACAGCAGCAAUCACAGCAGCAGGGCAAUGCUGGAAACGGCAGCGGCACCACGACGAACACAGCGCAAACUGCGCAGCCGAGCUCGAAGACGAACGAGGGCAAUUGCAAUGGCGGCGGCUCCUGUAUGAAAAAGCAAACUUCGCAUUACUUCAGCUUUCUAAUACGUACAUCUAUCACGAAGAUAGCACCGACGCUGCUCUUCUUGCGCUAUCCUCUUUGCAUCACGUCGAGGACCGCGAGUGUGAAGGGGUGGCGCGUUGUAUAGGGCUAGGGGGCCAGCAGGCAUUGGAAGUGAAGGAAGCUGUUUUUUCUUAUGCAUAGUAUGCGGCCAGAACACCAGUGGUGAGGAGCUGCAAAGGAUGAAAGACGGGACACCGAAGGCCGUCAUCGGUCAGUUUUCCGACCCACACAAAGGGCCUGAUGUGGUCCCGGACCCGGCAGAACAACCGCCGCGAGGACCUUCUUCCGCAUCACGGCUGCAAGCUUCUCAGCGCGUACCGUCCAGUGAGGGAGCAGGCACAGGGACAAGCACUGCUGCUGCUGCAGGCGGGCACCAGGACCCGGACCAGCCCAGGAAUCCAACUGAUCUCGCGGCCGCCGCUUCCUUGUCUACCAAAAGAACGACCAGCAAGACGGGGGGAUCGCCACCUGGCGUUGAUGAAGCUUCCACGAGGACCAGCGGCAACGAGAUUACACCUGGAGAUCCACUAAAGGCUGCUGCUGCAGGCGAGCACCAGAGUGCUGGAGAACCACCACCACGAUGUGAGACGCUGACGGAUGGCCAGGCGGAGGGAGUCCUGUGUGCGUUGCCGAACGGGUCGACGUACCAGGGGCAGUGGAAGGACGGCAAGAGGCACGGCGAAGGUGUGUACACGUGGGAGAAUGGGGCGAGGUACAAUGGGCAGUGGGUGAAUGGCAAGAGGGGCGGCAGCGGUGACACGUGGGCGGACGGGAGGACUGUGUACGUUGGGCAGUACAAGGACGACAAGCCACACGGCGAGGGCACGCAUACGUUGCCGGACGGGUCGACGUACAAGGGGCAGUGGAAGGGCGGAAAGAUGCACGGCGAAGGUGUGUACACGUGGCCGGACGGGGCGACGUACGAUGGGCAGUGGGAGUAUGGCAAGAGGGACGGCAACGGUGUGUACAAGCUUCCGGACGUGUCGACGUACGAAGGGCAGUACAAGGACGACAAGAAGCAUGGCAAAGGUGUGCUCACGUGGUCGGACGGGCGGAAGUACGACGGGGAGUGGGAGUAUGGCAAGAAGCAUGGCAGCGGUUUGUACACGUGGGCGGAUGGGACGACGUACGACGGGCAGUGGCAGUAUGACAACAUGGACGGCAGCGGUGUGUGCACGUGGGCGGACAGGAGCAAGUACGACGGGCGGUGGCAGGAUGGCUUGAGGCACGGCGAUGGCAAGUACACACGCCCUGGUGGGACGACUUCCUGGGAGGGAUCAUGGUGGGAAGAUAAAGCAGGCUUGCCUCAUUAUCUCAAUCCGCUGCCCGACCUCGGGACUUGCACGACGGACGGCCAUCAGUGGCUGGUCCCCGUGCGGUUUGAAGAUUGCAAACCGUGGAAGUGGGGGGAUUUUUCUCCGUUUUAGGACGACACGCCCCAAUAACCCCUAG